ACUUAAUGCCAGGCAACCCCCAGUGGCCAUGCCUCAACCACUCUCUUCAGUUCAAGUAUACCCUUCACCUCCUCGUGCGGAACGUUAGAUAUCACUCAGACAAUGGACGUCCAGCAAGAUUUAUCAAGUCGCUCGCAGAACGAGAUCGUCAAAUCGGACAAGCCGAUCGAAGAUCCUGUACGCCUGUUUGGACAAUUUGUCUCUGCCGUAACUUCAGAUGCUUUGAAGGACAUCCAACUUCGGUCAGAAUUCUCAACCUUUGUGCGGGAUUUGUGCAUGAAGGCGCCGUCCGUUGCUCAAUAUCUCGUCCAAGAAAUCCUCAAACACUCUACGGACAAUUCUGAACCUGAAGUUCAAGGACCCGCAGAACAUCAGUCAGGCAUCAGCCCUACAAGACCAUCGAGAAGGAGGAAGCGAUUAGACCUCACUUAUCGGCUUCCAAAGUCCUCCAAGACGCAGGCGCAUAUCUCCAGAGACGGACCUGGGGAUUCACACGCAGCUUCCGGCAGCAGCCCCUUGGUCGGCGACGGUUCGGUCACCUGUCAACCUGGUCACGACGAUGUGACCAUUAACCAAAGCAGCGACAGUCUCGUGACGGAGAAACCCCUUCUAGAAUGCGAGGGAGACAUUCCAGAGAUCGUCACCGAGGAAGUUGCUCAGGAAGGAGUGCAAGGCCAGUCUUCUGCCCACGGCCGCUCCCUGCCAUCCAUCGGCAGCGAGUCAGCGCUCCAUCAGCUGAAGGCCACGUGCAGCAGCGACAGCGCCAAGAUGAUUACCGUCCGCCCUCCCUUGCCAAGCGGGGCAGAACAGCGAGGGACGGCCCUACCAGAAAUCGACGGAAAUGCAUCCAAUAAUCAAGCUACAUCCGCUCCCUCCCUCGCACACGGGACAGAACCGCAGCAGAGUACCCUACCGGGUCCUGCCCCAUCUACACCCGUACAACAAAUCGGCAGAGGAUUCCAAUCGCCUCUGUCCGACGAUCAAACACCACAUACGGCCCUGUUCACGCCCAUAGUAGAUGGAGAAGUUCUAUCACCUCUAACCGAAGGUGGCCUCCCCACCUCCCCACCAGAUAAGGUAGAGAUGACCUUGUCAGAGAGGAUUCCGCCACCAUCGCCCAGGACGGGACAGCAACAGACGAGCCCAUACAACACUGCUUCCGCGCAAGCGCAAAAGGUCGACAGAGAACAACCGCUUCCAACUCAAGAUAGCCAAACUAUCCUGCCCCCUUCCCCACCCAGAGUGGCGCCUGCAUUAACCGACAUGGUCGCUAACGCAGUUCAUAUCAUUUACGAGAUGAGCAGGCGCCAGGAAGUACCAACGGAGGUCCAUUCAAGAAUCCUCAGCACGUUACGACCUAGCCUUGGUGAAGCACCGGCUACGAUUGCUGUGGCGGAACGGCCAGGUUCCAUGUGGAUCGCAAGCAGCUCGACAACUUGGUCAGCCUCCAUGUGGAUCAACAUGCUAGAAGCAGGUCACGCUCGUUCCAAGGAAGCAACCAUCCUCAACAUGAUAGAGUGGAUGGGCGCCUCAGAGUGGUACGACGCCGAGCUUGAACAAGCUGAGAAGGCGCCGCCUCCUACGAAACGAGGGACGCCCAGAAAACGUCUGGCCACCGUAAUUCUGGAUAAAUACCUGAAGGAGGCGCGUGAUACCACAGUCAUGGAGAGUCCGGGAAAACUCGCCUCCGAAGGCAAUGAAGAUCCUCCUUCGUCAGCAAAUUCGGCCGGAAUCCAAAAGAGGAUUUUUGAUAUAAGGAGGAAGAGGCUCAAUAAUAUUCUCCACAGAGGGCGAACAUUGCGCAAACUAAUCCAGAUGACCCGCCUAGGGAUUCUCUUCGAUCCAGAUAUAUGGAGCUAUGCGAAGGGGAGCAAAGAAAAUAUCGACAAGAUAGCUAUACCAUUUCGAGCAGAUCCGCAAAAGAUGGAGUUGCUCUCCAUCCUCGACGAACAGGUAGAGCUGUUGGCUAAGGAAGGGCGACCGGACCUCUCUCGCUUCUUUCACUCGCUUGAAUCACAUGCUAUUAUACCAUCGGAGGAGGUCUCAAGCCUACGAGCUGAGCACGGCCGAGAGAGAGAACCGGUUCCACAAGGCUGCUUGGAUACCGCCGUUGCCCGAGUCGUCGAAGGGAUCGGCCACGUUCUCGGCAAGCACACGCUCGGUAAUAACGAUUCUAUUAUGGUAAAUGGUGCAGCCGAACUUUCAUGUGGCAUGUUCGACAGGCUCCGCUCCAGGGCAUGGCUCAAUUGUUGGGAUAUUGCAGCCGCUCUGGAGAUGAUCGAUAGGCCAGUGUUCGUGAGACUCGGUCUCAGCGUCCCACUCCACAAGAAAGAUGCAAACGGCGAGGUCACGCCUCUCUCGAACCCUCUCCGUCGCUGGAGGAAGAAGAUCGACGACUAUAAGUGCGAAGGCCAGAACGAUCUCGAGGACCCACAGAUGAUAUAUCACUUUGAUUCGAUGGCAAGCCAUGGGAUUAUUUAUCGCAAAACAAAGUCUACCCUAGUAAGACGAGUAGUAGAGGAGGAGUUCAAGUACUUGAGUUUUGGAUACACUGAGGCGCCUACUCCCCAGCAGAGAGACGGACGGAGUUGUGGCCUGAUGGUCAUACGCAACGCCAAGCGGCGAAUGAUUGGACUCCCAGUUGGCAGUUGGGACGACGAGGUGGAUCCAGACCGGGUGACGAAGGAGGUAGUCGGGGAUUGCCAGACGUUCCUUGAAGGCGAUGCUCUUCAGCCAAGUCCCCUUUCCAAGAAACGCAAGAGGAUAGUCGAGGGCCUUCCGAAUAAUGUUCUUAAGCCAAGUCGCAGUUCCAAAAGACUCAGAGUGGCCACCGAGGGUUCCUAGAUGGUCCCUCAGGACAAGGCACUUCCAAAUUGUCCGG